UCAAUUGAAAUAAAUUCUAUUGAGAUGCAAAUAGAAUAUGUUCGAUUUGAUAAUCCAAACACAAUAACUUACAUUCCCGACAUGAGUUUUAUGAGUUAUUUGUUACCAGAUUAUCACAAAUUUUUCUCAAAUGUUCCAGAAACUUUCAAAGACAAGUAUUUUUCAAGAAAAGAAAUGGAAAAUUUAUUUGAUUUAAAAGAUAUCCUUAACAGCUUAUAAUUAUUUACUUUU